AGCGCGAGGCUGACUUACCAGUUCCUCCGCAUUCCCCCCAUCCCUCCACAAAGCAAUGACGCGGGCUGCGAUGACGCUGCUGCUCGCCGUGACCAUCCGCUGCGCCCUCGGCGCAGCGACCGUCGCCGCCGACGCGGCUCCCCGCGGCCAGCGGAGCCGCCAGUCCACCGCCGCCCGCGGCCACAGCCAUUCUGAGCUGAACGGCCUCGAGGACGCCCAUCCUUACCGUGGCCACUCCGCGCACGGGGGGGAGGCUGCCGAGUUGCACCGCACCAAGGGCCACGCGCACCACGCCGCGGCCGGCGGUCCCGCGGACAAGGAGAAGCACGCCACGGCGGCGCACGCGAGGGGCUCCCCAACGUCGGCCGAGGAGGGCUCCAAGGCCCCCGAGUGGGGGGGGGGGGAUGCCUCGGAGGCGAGCCCGGGUGCGGAGCCCGAGGAGGACGCCGAGGAGCUGGAUGCCGAGGCGGAGGAGCCCGAGCACGCGGAUGCCGAGGAUGGCGCCGAGGACUUCGAGGGCCCCGUGGAAGCCCACCUGCCCCGGCGCGGCCGCGUGCACCUCGCGGUCGACGCGGCCGGGAACGCCGCGGAGGUGAGGGGGGGCGGUGGGCCCGUCAUGCGGAGGUACAACCACACCAGCGGCACCGACUUCGACGACCUGGAGGAUGGAGGGAAGAGACACGGGGACCAUGACCGAGAUGCCGCGUGGAUCUUGUCGAUGCCGAUCCUGGUCAUGGUCCAUGACGGCCGUCGCCGCGUCGCGAUGAUGAGCCGCGAAUUGACGCCGACCAAGAUCGACGGUGACCAAGGUCGAAAUGGCAUUUGCGCGUUCAGUCUUGGUCAUGGUCUCCUUUGCCUUCCCCUCCAGAGGAGGACUCCCUGGUCGAGGAAGACGCCGACCUGAGGGCGCAAGCCAGGAGGUCGGGCUGGUGGUCCCGGCGCCGCGCGCCCCCCCGCCGCCGGCGCGCGCCCGCCCCAGUGCAUUGCGCGUGGGCGGCGUGGGGUGCGUGGGGAACGUGCAGCGCGACCUGCGGCGAGGGUAAGCAGUCGGCCACACGCAGAGUCGCCACUGCGCAGCUGAACGGGGGACGUGCGUGCACCGGCGAGACGGCGAAGACUCAGACGUGCCAGAUCCAGAAGUGCACCACAACCUCGACGACCACCACUACCACAACCUCCACAAGCACCACGACGACCACCAAGAAGGUCGUGAAGGCGGGCGCCUCGCGCCCCGCUGGCGGGGUCGCGCUGGCGCUGCUGCUGGCGCUCGGGGCGGCCCAGCCGCUGCUCUGAGGCUCCCAGGGGCGUCGGCGGACCCUUGGCGUGAUCAGAACUCCUCGCGGAGCUUCUUCGCCGAUGGCUACCCAGCUCCUCCUCCUCCUCCUGCUCCGACACCUCCU